UCCGAAGUGAGUGAGUCAGAAGAUUGGUCAAAGCGAGUGGCAAUGGUGUAUAUGUUUUCAAAUUCAAUCCCAUGGCUAAAGUUAGAUCACUGACAUUGCUCCAACUCAAGCUAAGAUUGAAAAUACCCCCAAAAUUAUCAAUGUCAAACCCACUGACCUUCAUCAUCACACACAGAAUUAGAAAAAGGGGCAGAAGGUAAUAAUUGGGCAUUGGAAAGUUGAAGAUUUCCACGCAAUAAAGUAAAGAACGCCUUCUUGAGAUUGGCUUGGCAGUUGGCACACAGCCGAACGAAACGUCCCUCUCUCCCUCACCUUUCCCACACUUGAAUCCAGUAAUACACGAGCGCCACCUCAAAUCCCCCACCAUCUUCGUCAUCCAAACUUCUACUGCCUUUACUUUGCUUCACCUCCCACUUUAACAGAGCCCUCAGCUGUAAGCAAGGGCUUUCAUGCUGAUUAUUUACUGCAACUGUUCUUGAUUUCUGUCCCAAGUUCGUUAUUGGGAAGGGGGGCCUUCCAAUUUUUCCAUUUCGCCUAAUUUAGCCAACUGGUCUCGCUUGUUUGCGGUCAAAUACGUGCUUCCAAGUCUUGAUAUGCCACUUUGACUUGUUUUGGUUGAUUUUGACAUCUGGGGUAUUGUUGGUUUCUGCUGAGCUUUGUGUAUUUUUGACUGGUUACCGCUGUUUGGCUCUUAGGGGGUGGUGUAGUUACAGGGAGUAAUCUGCAUCAUUUGGGUAAGUUUAAUUUCAUGGCGUUUCUGGGUUGAUGGUAACCGAGGUAUACUUUGUUUGUCAAGUUCGAUUGAUUUCCAGUUGAUUAGGAUCUUUAUGUGAAUUUGAUCUCUUUGGUUGUACGGGCUGGUGUUGAGUUCCAUGACUCAAAAGAUUGUGGCUAACAUCCUGGUGAUCCUGUCCCUUGGCUUCUUGCUAUUUUUCCUGGCCUCAUCGGUUGCUAUGCAUAUAUCUGAAUCUCCUGCGAGUAUUUACUCAUAGUUGACUAGCUGAGCUUUGGGGCUUUUGAAUUUGGUGUCUUAGACUUAUCGUCAUGAUGGUUGUAGGGCGAGUGGACCAGGCAAGUUGAGAAAGAAAUGAGAAGAAAGUGGCAAGCGGGAUGCCAGGUUUCGGUUCAGAGAUAUCCAUUUGUAACCAACUAAACUGCGCUUUAGAGUCCUUUUAACAAGAGGCCAAACAGUUGCUUGUAACCUUCUAUACUGGAACCUUUGGUAAGUAUUACAGAGAACCUCAAAGUAUAUGCAAUGACUGAUGUCAGUCCAAGGACUGAUAUUUCUACUGAUGUUGACACCGAUAACAAAAACCAGAGGCUCGAUAUGCUUCAACGGAUUGAUGUGGCUUCUGAUUCCAAUGAUAGAACAAAAGAUAAGUCUGAUCAGAAGACUCUACGUAGGCUUGCACAGAAUCGUGAAGCUGCCAGAAAAAGCCGACUGCGAAAGAAAGCAUAUGUCCAACAGCUGGAGAGUAGUCGUUUAAAGUUGACCCAACUAGAGCAGGAGCUUCAGCGAGCACGGCAGCAGGGAAUCUUCAUAUCAAGCUCAGGAGAUCAGGCCCAUUCGAUGGCUGGAAAUGGGGCCAUGGCAUUUGAUGUGGAAUAUGCCCGUUGGUUGGAAGAACAAAACAAGCAGAUCAAUGAACUGAGAGCAGCAGUAAACUCUCAUGCAAGUGAUACUGAACUUCGAAUGAUUGUCGAUGGCAUCUUGGCUCACUAUGAUGAGGUUUUUCGGCUAAAGGGCAUCGCUGCAAAGGCUGAUGUUUUCCAUUUAUUGUCUGGCAUGUGGAAAACACCUGCUGAAAGAUGUUUUUUGUGGCUUGGUGGUUUCCGUUCAUCAGAACUCCUAAAGCUUCUUGUCAAUCAAUUAGAGCCCCUCACAGAACAGCAGUUGGUGGGCAUAUCCAACUUGCAGCAGUCCUCCCAACAGACUGAAGAUGCAUUGUCACAAGGCAUGGAAGCAUUGCAACAAUCGUUGGCUGAGACGUUAUCCAGUGGAUCUCUUGGCUCCUCGAAUACAUCUGGCAAUGUGGCAAAUUAUAUGGGUCAAAUGGCCACAGCCAUGGGUAAACUUGGUACCCUCGAGGGGUUUAUUCGUCAGGCUGACAAUCUACGGCAACAAACACUGCAACAAAUGCAUCGGAUUUUGACAACUCGUCAGUCAGCUCGUGCACUUCUUGCAAUUCAUGAUUACUUCUCUAGGCUACGAGCCCUUAGUUCCCUCUGGCUUGCUCGCCCGAAAGAGUGAAUAGCUUUUUGAUUUCUCCUCAAGUAUAUCGUGGAAAGCAUUAGAUUAAUGAUUUAACAAUUGCUCGAGUUCUCAAUUUUCAUUUGUGUGCCUGCUUAUAUGGUAUCAGUCUUGUGAUGAUCUAGAGAUGCUAUUUGUAAUAAGCUGUAUGUAUCUAUAUGUUAUUAAAAGCAAAUCCCUUUUUUUGAAAACAAUUCUAUUCCUCCAAAAGAAUGUAUAAAAGAUAGAAUGCCUAGAGGAAGAUGGUUACAAAAA